ACAGUGCAACGAUUUCUGAGUGUCUGAGGGAAUUGAAAAUCGUUGCAUCCCAGGCUGUCUAAUUUUGUUGUUUUAUUGUUUUGAAAGGGAAGAUGUCUGACGCAGCUGACUCAGGUGCGGGAAAGGUAGAGGUAGUAGUCAAGGAGGAAGAGAAACCUUCCCCCUCUACUCCUCCCCCUCUCCCUCUCACCCCUGCUCAGCGGCGCAAGAGGGAAAUUCAGGAAAAACUGCGAGAGCAACAGGCGCUGCUCGCAGAGGCAGAGAGACAGGAGGCGGCUGAGUUGGAAGCUGCAACAGACGCCUCUAGAAAAGAGUUUCUGCUGCAGCAAGCUGAGAAGACCAUGGCUGACGAGAGGGUGGCCCAGUGUACAAAGUACUUGGCUGAGCUCGUGAUUCUGCAGAACAAAAUCACAGCCAGCCACUUCACUAAUUGGGAUGAGCGGAUCCAGCGGUUGGAAACCAGGGUAAGCGACCUGGGAACUCAGCAGUCUAAGAUCCUGGAUGCUAUCCAGAAUCUGACAGCUCAAUUAACAGCAGCCAACCUGAUCACUCCUUUGGUCCCUGUGGUCCCCUCUCCAAAACCCAAAAAAACUUCUCAACCUUCUUCACCUCCCGGAUCUCCUCAAAGUUCCCACAAGUCAUCUCCCUCUGUCUCCUCCCAGGCUAAAGCCAAAUCUCCUCCCACUUUCGCUGCUGUAGUUGCGGGGGAUCAGCGAGGACCCAAGAUCCCUGCACCCAACAAAUUUAAGGGCGAUGACCCUAAGAUUGAUGUUGGGGACUGGGCAGCAGGAACCCGGGCCUACUUGAAGGGGUUCCAGUGCCCAGAACAGCAGAGAGUGGCCACCGUUGUGGGGCUGCUGGAGGGCCCAGCCCAAAAAUGGGCUACAUCUACAGCCAGCGCCCAGUCACAAACAUUGGAGGACUGGGCCCUAGCCCUGGGAGUGGAUAAACUUCUACAGGUCCUGGAGGACAGGUUUGCAGACAAGGAACGCGCGCGUAAGGCUGCUGACAAGAUCGUACGCCUUGGACAACAACGUUACAGCGGCAGUCUGCAGGCCCUCUUCGCUGAAUAUGAGCAGCUCACCUCCACCCCUGGAUUAGUUAUGUCUGCUGAUGAUCUGCUAACUAACUUUUGCAGGGCUGCGCCUGAGAAGUUCUCAGUUGCAUUGUACAGCGCAGGGCAUAAAGAUUGGAGGUCAUUCGGCCGCGCAGCACUGGACAUGGAGGCCAAACUUCAUGUCCAGGCACCUUCCAGUGACAGGAAGAAAGGCGCUUUCCCUCGCGGUGGUAGAAGGGGAAAAGCGGCCUUUGCCCACGCAGGAUCUGCGUCAUCAUCUAAUGCAGGAUCCCAGCCUGGUACACCGCCAGGUGGGACUGCAGCAGCUGCUGUCACAGAUGUUGCAGCGGCCAUGCAGCAGCUGCAGGCUGCGCUGGGGGCCUUCCAGAAGGCCGGGUCUUCCUCCAGCACAGCCUCCAGCAGCAAGGGGAAGAGCCAGGGACGUCGCUCUUCAACCACUGCCCGGCGCCCUAACUUGCCACGUGACGUUCGUUUCCCAACAGACCCUCUCAACCCCAACACUCUCCCAUGGCAUGAUCUGAAGAUCCAGGAGGGAGUGUGGAGGAAGAGGAAGGAGAGAGGAGUCUGCUUGAGCAGAAUCAAAGGGUUGCUGGACUGUGGAUCCACCCGAAAUUUCAUGUCUCCCAGUGCAGUCAAAAAACUGCAUCUGGGCAUCAAAGUGGUGCAACUGCAGCAACCGCUGCAGGUCAGGAUAGGUGACUCCACUGUACUGACUAUCAAGGAGAAGGUAAGGGGCAUCCCUGUGACCUUCGACAGUGAUGCAGAAGUCAGACACAGUCUGAGCUUCUACAUAUUCCCUGAUCUACCCUUUGAYCUGGUUUUCUCCAUGCAGUGGCUGAAAGCAGUCAACCCAAGGAUCGACUGGCAGAUCCCCAAGGUUGAGCAGCCAAACAGCAAGGGGGUGUAUCAACCAUGUAUGAUUGCAGCAGCUGACCGCCACCCUAAGACCUCCUGCUUCUGCCUGAGAGCGAGAGAGUUCUAUUUUCUCUCACGCCAAUACGAUCAUGAGCGUCUGUUUAUAGCUCUGAUCAAGCAAACAGACGCCCCCAUCACUUCCUGUCCUCCUGAGAUACAGCAGGUAGUCGACCAGUAUGCUGAUCUGAUGCAGGAGCCCUUUGGAUUACCCAACCGGCCAACCAAGCAUCACAUUGAGCUGCUGCCAGGAGCGGUCCCUCCCAAGGGCCGCAUCUACAGGAUGUCCCCUGCUGAGCUUGAGGAGCUCAGACGACAGCUUGAGACCCUGACCAGCAAGGGCUGGAUCAGGCCCAACACUUCUGAAUUCGGUGCCCCAGUCCUCUUUGUUCCAAAGGGGAGUGGCGAGUUCAGAAUGUGCAUCGACUACMGGGGUCUCAACAAGAUCACUAGGAAGAGUACAAAGCCACUUCCUAGGAUCGAUGACCUUCUGGAUAUGGUCCAAGGAUGCACCAUUUUCAGCAAAGUCGACCUCAAGUCUGGCUAUCACCAGAUUGAGAUGCCAGAGGAGGAUGUCCACAAGACAGCCUUCAAAACCAGAUAUGGUACUUAUGAGUAUCUGGUUAUGCCAUUUGGACUUUGCAAUGCACCUGGCACAUUCCAAACAGAGAUGCACCGCAUCUUCAGGCCGUACCUGGAUAAGUUUAUGGUUGUCUACCUGGAUGAUAUCCUGGUAUUCGGCAAAACUACCAGGGAACAUGCGGAGCACCUGGCUCUGGUUCUUCAGUUGUUACGUGACAGCCAGUACAAGAUUAACAGGGAGAAGUCCUCCUUUGGAGUUCCCUCUGUCAUCUACCUGGCCUUGACUCGUGCACCUGUUUUGAAGUUACCUGACCCCACUUUGCCAUUUGUCCUGACCAUUGAUGCCAGUCAGUAUGGCAUUGGGGCAGUACUUCAGCAGGAUGAUGGGAAUGGUCUGAGACCUGUUGAAUUCAUGAGUAAGAAGAUCAAGACUCAGAAGCUUCAGGACUCUACCUACGAGAAAGAGCUAUAUGCUCUUGUCAAUGCCCUGAAACAUUGGAAACACUUUCUCCUGGGCAGGCACUUCAAGAUCAUCUCUGAUCAUUCCACUUUGCAGUGGUUGAAGUCCCAGGGAGAGUUGAAUGACAAAUUGGCACGCUAUAUUCAGUUCAUCGAUCUGUUUGACUUUGAAUUGAAGCACAAGAAGGGCUGUUACAACAAAGUAGCAGACGCCCUCUCUCGUAGGCCUGAUUCUUUUGCGCUGAUCUCCUCUACUCACUCCUUUGGAGAGGAGGUCCGUCAGACCAUUACUCGCCUACUGCCUCAGGAUCCGACUUAUGGACCCAUCAUCAGGAAUCUACAAGCAGAUCCCAAUUCUGAACCUGGCUAUGCUAUGAGUUCAGAUCUGUUGUACACCUACAGCAGAGGAGAGGAGCACUUAUGUAUUCCUGAGGAUCAGCAGCUGAGGACACUGCUGAUGUCAGAGUGCCACGAUGCGCGUGGACACUUCGGGUUCUUAAAGUCGUAUGCAGCCCUGUCGCAACGCUUCUUCUGGAAGGAGAUGCGGAGUGAUAUGCUGCGUUAUGUGGAAACCUAGUUCAUCCCCUUACCAGAGGUGGCGAGGGUCCCGGCUGUGAGAGCAGCCUUUUCUGAGAGGUGGAUCACGCACCAUGGACCGCCCACUUCUAUUGUCAGCGAUCSAGAUCCCCGAUUCUGCAGCGAUGAGUGGCAGUCCUAUUGCAAGGACUACCUGCACUCACGUCUGGACAUGACUUCUGGUCGUCAUCCUGAAGCCAAUGGAUUGGCUGAAGUGAUGAACCAAGUCCUAUUCCAGCUGCUGCGGCCUGUCAUCUCGCCAGAUCAACAGGACUGGGAUCUCCACUUAGCGAGGGCACAGCUCAUGUAUAACAUGUCUGUCCACUCCUCGACAGGGUUCAGUCCCUACCGAUUACAUUGGGGACGUGAACCACAACAACCUCUCGAUGAUAUCAUCGAUAAGGCUAAGCCUGAUCUGACAGAGUUCGCCAGACGCUAUCGUCUGGAUGUGGAAAGAGCCCGCACGAACUUGUUCAAAGCCCAAAAGGCUAUGAUUGAACAAGCUAAUCGCCACAGGCGGCCUUCCCCCAUCCGCACUGGUAUUCAUGUCUGGGUGGCCAGCUCUGAGCUGUCGAGGGAGGAGGACAUCUCCUCCAAGCUGUUGCCACGUUACCUGGGUCUAUGGCAGGUCCUAGAUACAGUGGGCGCUGAUUCCUUCGGUCCGUCGUAUGUCAUCGACGUCCCGCUGCAUCUACGUACCUACCCGGUCUUCCAUGCAUCCAAGCUGCUGCCUUUCACUCCAGCUGAUGCCUUCCCCGACCGGCCCCCUCAGUUCGGUCCACCAAUCCCUGGUAAGGGAUACGACAUUGACCGAAUUGAGGAUGAGUGGGGCACAGGCCCCGAUCGACAGUAUCUUGUCAGGUUCGCGUUCCAGCCACCUUCAGAGAGCCGAUGGUUCUACAGGAAGGACCUGGUCAAGACAGCAAAGUCUAUUGUUCGGCGCUAUGAAGCGGCCCAGAAGGGAACCGGACUGAGGCUCCCCAGAAUGGAUAAGGAGCGCAAUGUAUCAGUAUGGGUCGUGCGAGCAUGCUCUUAUGACAGACAGCCUGAGGAUGGAAAGUGUGUCUGCAACCGAGGGUGGACCGGUGAAGCUUGUGAGGUACCAAGAGCAUGUGGCACGCGUGUUGAUGUGGAUGGAAAUUGCUGCCCAUCAGGCAUUAUCAACAUAAAUCAAAAAUGCUGUAGCUCCACACAAGCACUGCUAGACAAGGAUGGUGCAUGCUGUGAGAGCGGAAAUGUGGAUGUUUGCGGGAUUUGCGGUGGCAAAGCCAGGAUGGUGGACUCUCUUGGGGCAUGCUGUGAUACGGUGAGGGAUGAAGCUGGUAUUUGCUGUCGAAGUGGCAUCUUGGACGAGUGCUUAGUAUGUGAUGGGGAUGGCAGCAGUUGUGCCACAAAGGUUUCCGCCACCAUCACGGUGGAGAGCAUAGAUAUCAUCAACAAACAUCUUUCAUUUGCCAGCUCAUACGUUGAGAGCCUCAUUCUCCUCAAGAUUGGCCAACUUGUUGGAGUUGAUUAUGGAGCAGUCACCAUGGACAGCAUUGGCGUAAAACCAGUUUACUCUGAAGAAGGCUUUGCCAUCGAUUUCAACUUUACGAUCUCAGCUGUUGGGAUGAUCAAAGGUGCCAUUGCCCGACAGCAGGCGAAAAUUCAGGAGGCUCUAGAAAAAGCAAUCACACCUGCUCGACCAAUUUCUUUUGCUUUCACAAUUAACCCUAAUCAGACUGCAGGUGAAAAUGGUACCAUACUGCGGACAUUCUCAGUGUCACAGGCUCCUUGGCCAUCCACGGCGAAUGGACUGACUGCCUCGGCAGCAGAAGCUGAGGAGAGGGCAAGGCUCAUACCAUUCGCUUCGCUUAUAGAGGUUCGGCGUGUUUGGCGAAUCGGCAUCUGUGGGAAUGGAGUUUGUGAGAUUGGUGAGCGGUGUUUGCCCAACGGGAGGAUAGCUGCGGAUGCCAACAUUUCGAUCUACUGUUGUUUACAGGACUGUCCAUUUGUUCCCACCCCCUGCCCCAGUGGGAGUCUGAAUCUGCAGAGUGAAUGGAAGCAGCGCGCGGAGCUGCCGUGCGACGGAAAUGGCAGGUGUUUGGACGCCACAGGCGUCUGUGACUGUUUCACAGGCCACACAGGUGCAGCCUGUUCAGAAUGCAUUCCCGGCUGGACGCUUGCGCCAGCAGAGCAGACGUGUGUCAAGCUGAUGACAUCAGCUGAGGCCAUCCGUAAAUUCAAGCCUCCAACACCUCCCCUCCCCUCCAAUCUGGCAAAUGACAGUGACGUCAAUCUUGAAGGCGUCGAUCUGAUGAAACAACCCACGAACCAGCAGGGCGAAGCUGGCGGGAUUGGCCUGUUCACCGUCUUGCUCGGUUUGAUAGGGCUGUUGAGCAUGUACUCGGUGAUUCGCGUCCAACGAGAUGCUCUGAAAGCGGAAGAAUAUCAUGAUUUUUUGCUUAAUGAAGAGAUUGAACUCAAGGUUGGCAGCGUGAAGCUCAAAUCGACAGGUGUCAGCAGCCCGACACCACCAGAGCGAAAAACUGUCAGAAAGGGCAAACGUAUGAGCGUCACAUUUCAGCAACCAUGAAAAGAGACUCGAUGGGAGGGAAGGGCCUCAGGCCAGAUC